CCUGCGCGCAGCGGCGCCGGGAGCGGCCCGGGCCGCGGGCCAUGCCGGACGAGGCCGUGGCGGCGCUGCUGCGGCGGUUCUACGCCCUGCAGGGCGAGCGCGUCGAGGCGUACCGGCUCCUCGAGGAGGGCCACCGCGCGUACCUGGGCAGCGCCCCGCGCUACGACUUCCCGCGCUACCGGCAGCUGGUGCACGAGAUCGCGCUGGCUUUCCGCGGCAUCUCCCGGGAGAUCCUGCAGAUCGAGGGGCGGCUGCGGGAGGAGCGCGGCCGCCCCGAGCUCGCCCAGCACCUCGCCCGCAUCCAGCAGCGCGAGCAGGAGAAGCUGCAGCUGACGGCGCAGCUCCAGCUGGCGCGGCAGCACGCGCAGGACCAGCCCGGCGUGGACGCCCAUCAGCAGGAGGUGCGGGAGCUCAAGCACAAGCUAAUUAAAACCAUUGAGGCAAUCAGCGAAAUUCUCCAGGACCUCAAGUACGAUUCGGAAGAAGCCGAGUGACGGGUGUCCCCGCGGGACCGGCCGCGGCGCGCUGCCCGCGGCGCUGGGGCCCCGCUCGCCCCCGGCCUUGCAGCAGCCCCCCGGGAGCUUUGGGGGGCCCUGGACCCCCCCCAAUAAACGCGUCCCCACGA